AUGAGUAGUAAAGCGCUGCGCUCCGUCGUGAAGGUCUCAUGUCCCACUACUGAUCCGAGCUGUGCACAAGUGGAGACUCUCACCACGUGGAACCACAGAGAGCUGGAGAUCCAGCCUGCAGCUACCGUUACCAUGGUGCAGCAGACCGUUCAGCCUUUUCCCACAGUGGACGUUCCUGACCAUGCUCACUACACCAUCGGGGCGGUCAUUCUGGCCAUCGGCAUCACUGGCAUGGUUGGGAAUUUCCUUGUCAUCUAUGCCUUCAGCAGGAGUCGUACUUUGAGGACCCCCGCCAACAUGUUUAUAAUAAACCUGGCCGUCGCAGACUUCCUCAUGUGUGCCACUCAGUCGCCUAUAUUCUUCACUACCAGCAUGCGCAAGAGAUGGAUCUUUGGAGAGAAAGGCUGUGAGUUGUAUGCCUUCUGCGGAGCUCUGUUCGGUAUCUGCUCCAUGAUCACCCUCAUGGUCAUCGCCGUGGACCGCUACUUUGUCAUCACACGGCCCCUGGCCUCCAUCGGCGUGCUAUCCCAGAAGAGAGCCCUGUUGAUCCUGACCUGCGCCUGGGCUUACUCUCUUGGUUGGAGCCUGCCUCCCUUCUUUGGCUGGAGUGCCUAUGUUCCUGAAGGCCUCCUCACUUCUUGUACAUGGGAUUACAUGACCUUCACCCCCUCAGUACGAGCUUACACAAUGCUGCUCUUCAUCUUUGUCUUCUUCAUCCCCCUCAUCGUUAUAAUCUACUGCUACUUCUUCAUCUUCCGUGCCAUUCGCACCACUAACCAAGAUGUGGAGAAGAUCAAUGGGAACAAUACCAGGGACACAAUUAAGAGAUUCCACAGGCUGAGGAGUGAAUGGAAGAUGGCUAAGGUUGCCCUCAUCGUCAUACUGUUGUACGUCAUCUCGUGGUCUCCCUAUUCAUCUGUGGCCCUGACAGCAUUUGCUGGGUAUGCAGAUAUGCUGACGCCGUAUAUGAACUCAGUGCCUGCUGUGAUAGCCAAAGCUUCAGCCAUCCACAAUCCCAUCAUCUAUGCCAUCACUCACCCCAAAUACAGACUGGCUAUAGCGAAGUAUAUUCCGUGCCUACGUGUGCUGCUGUGUAUUCCUCAGAGAGAGCUGCAGUCCCUCCACAGUAGCUUCAUAUCAACUCGCCGCUCCACUGUCACCAGCCAGACCUCUGACAUGUCUGGAAACAUCCGGAGAACCAGCACUGGAAAAUCCCGCCUGUCUUCUGCCUCCGAUAGUGAAUCUGGCUGGACAGACACAGAGGCUGACCUGUCCAGCAUGAGCUCAAGGCCAGCCAGCCGGCAGGUGUCCUGUGACAUCAGCAGGGACACAGCUGAACUCCCAGACUUCAAACCCAGCAGCUCGUCGAGCUUCAAGUCUAAACUUAGGAACCAUGACUCUGGCAUAUUUGAAAAGACGUCCUGUGAUAUGGAUGAUGUGCCGGUGGCUGCUGUAGCCUAUGCUGACCGCGUCUUUGCUUCUGCUGGCAUUGAUAGCACAGAUGGAGGCAUGAUUUCAAGAGGCAUGAUUGGCCGGAUCCCAGGCAUUGUCAUCACCUCCGAGUCCAGCCCCUUCCUGACUUCUGUGAGGUCCAGCUUCCACAAUGCACGCUCUCGCAUCUCCAACAGCAAUGUUGGGACGGGCUCCUCUGCCAGAGAUGCAACAGGUGGAGUCCAGCAGGGGGCAGCCCUCCAUUCCAAUGCUGCGGAUUCACCUGUGUCUGCUCACAGUCAGACUUUUCUCCCUCACUAAGGCCACUCUCUCGGUGCUUAGAGCUCUAACCAGUCUGUGGUCCUUGGGGCACAUUCAUGUGGUAAUAAUGCAGAAAGGAGAGUGUUGUGUCACAUUUCUAGUCCAGAGAUUCUGACUCAGCUGUUGUAACAAAAAUUGUGUGUAUUUGAAAAGGUAACUUUACAAGAGAAAGCAAGACGUUAUUCUCUGUUCAUGUUUUUAUUUUAUUUUAUUAUUUGGUUCAUUUGUCGGGGCAGCUGGCAUUUUCAAAUGGUGUAAAUCAAUUUAAAACAGAACAAGGGUUAUCUAGAGGUUUUAGUAUAGCAUAGUAACAAUAUGUUUCAUUAUGUCUGUCCUCAAGGUCCAAGUAAGCCAUAUUGCCAUAUUCUAUGCUGGUUUAAAUGUUAAAGGUUAAUUUAUUUUAAAAUUAGACACAUGUGCCGCAUUGCUGAGCCCUAUCAUUUUACAGUCAUACUGAUGAAACUUACUGGUAUCCUGUUUGUUACUGAUACUGUAAUGGCCAGUAUACUGUAUCCACCUGCUGGAUGCUCUCUUUGUUAAUAAGAGGGAGUGAAACUACGCAGACAGAAUUGAGGCUUUUUGUUCUAUUAGUUAGGCUGAGCUGCUUAGAGCUGCUUGCCUGUGGUGACUCAGUGGGUGGUGAGGACGUCCGGCUGUGCUGAAAAUCCAUGGCCUGCUCUCCUUUCUCAUGCUCCAGGUGAUCAGUCACAAGCAAAACCAAACUAGGCAUAAGUCCCACAUACAGAAAUGUAUAGACCGAAAACAUUUGCCCAUCAGAUGAAGGUAAGGCUCUCUUUGGAGAUCCUGUUAGUCCCAUUGAGAAAGGAGGCAUUUUGUAACCCAAUUCAGCUGCCCGGUUAUUUUUUUAUUAUUUUUUUAUUUAUUCAAGUAUUUUACCUGAAAGCCAAAAGAGCCUUCAUUGUGCUUUUUGGUAUUUCUUAAUGGCAUUUCCCUUCAGGAGUUUCCUUGAAUUGAUUUCAAGUUUGAUUAUUUGUGCUUUUUUUUAGUAAUGUCCGUGUGUUUAAACUUCAGUUUUUGGUGUAAUUAGUGAUGUUUUCUUGUGAUGCUCUGAAACUUUUUAUGUAAAUAUUGGUGACUGGACCAGUAAUCCAACGAUAAGCCAAAGGCCUGCAGUAAUGAAGCACAACAGAACAAGACACUGUGUUAAUAUCAGAUGUUUAUUUUCAAAUAAGAUUUAGUUCAUUUUCAAAUGAAAAUGCUGCUUUUCUUGCAUCU